AUGCCAUUGAUUGAUUUUAACCCUUUGCCGACCAACGGGACUUUUGAGUCCGCUGUGUAUUUUAUCCAUUUAAACAUAGUUAAAAUAAAUUAAGUACUAUCUGACCAUAGUGACUUAUAAGUCACUUCUUUUUUAAUCAAUAAUGUUCCCGUAAAUUUUCUGUGAAAUCUAUAGAUGGCGUAAAAUAAAUCACAUAAUAAAAUAAAUAUAGUUUAGCCCAUAAAAUAAAUAUCGAUAUUUAUAUAAAUAGCCACAGCGCAAACCAGUAUAGAUAAGCAAUGGGUUUUAUUAUUAUUCUUUUCAUUAUAAUCCCGAGAAACAGAACGUACCAUUGAAUAUCAUUAUUAUUGUGUAUAAAUAUGUGUUUAUUGACAAUAAUCACAACGGACUUUGAAGUCCCUAUGGUCUGUUGCGACAUUUUUAUAGUUUUGACGAAUAUUCUCAGUCAAGCACUCGCGCGCCAAGUAUAUUGUUUAUACGCAUGCUAUUUUUUUCGCUCUUGAGUGUUGUUUGUUCAUUUAUUAAUUAUUAUUUACUCGUUAAUUUUUUUAAUUUAUUUAAUUGGUGAAAUGAAUAAAUUUACAAAAUUAAACGAUCGUGAGAUCGAAGAUAUAUUAAUUGAAAUUCCUGGCGAUGAUGGUGGUCUAACUGAUCUCGAAGACAUAAGUGACGAUGAUUUGAUCGAAGAAAACAAUUAUUUAGACUUUUUAGAUUCAAGCACGAAUAUACAAACCUCAGUAAUAAAUAUAAUGGAUCUUCCAAUAGAAUUUGCCGAAGAGACUGAAAAUAUUGCAGGGCCAUCUAAUGCUGUGCCAAUGCAUAAUCCAGAUGUGCUUUAUGAUCAUGUCGAUGACAGUUCUGAAGAAACAGAUACUCAAUGUAGUAAGAAAAAAAAAAGAAAUAAUAAAAAGGAAAAUCGUCCUGAUAGUGACAUGGGCUGGAAAAAAAAUUAGAUCACCAUGUUAAUAUUCCAGACUAUAAUGAUUUUGAAGGACCAAUUCAUGGAUUUUUUGUCAACUGUGCAAGUCCAACUGAUGUAUUUCUUCAAGUGUGUGGUCCUAUUUUGGAAAAUAUCUGUGCACAGU